AUGGGGAAGCGAGACAACCGAGUGGCUUACAUGAAUCCCAUAGCUAUGGCCAGAGCACGAGGUCCUGCCCAGAAUUCAGGACCAACCAUACAAGACUACUUGAACAGACCAAGACCAACAUGGGAAGAAGUGAAAGAGCAACUAGAGAAGAAAAAGAAAGGAUCCAGGGCAUUGGCUGAGUUUGAAGAAAAGAUGAAUGAGAAUUGGAGGAAAGAACUGGAAAAACACAGAGAGAAAUUUCUGGGUGGAAAUGAGAGUUCCUCCAAAAAGAAAGAGAAAAAGAAAAAGGAAAAGAAGAAAUCUAAUAGGUUGUCUUCAUCUUCCUCUUCUUCAUCAAGUUCUGAUUCUUCCAGCAGUUCAUCUGAUUCAGAAGAUGAGGAUAAAAAGCAAGGGAAAAAAAGAAGGAAAAAGAAGUAUCGCUCCUCACGGAAGUCUUCAGCAAGCUCAUCUUCUGAAUCUGAGUCAGACAGCAAGGACAGCACAAAAAAGAAAAGGUCAAAAGAAGAUUAUGAAAAAGAGAAGGAAGGCAAAAAUCACCACAGGAAGAGGAAGAAAGCUGAUCGUGAUGGUCCCCUAUCAUCAGAAUCCUUCUCAGAAUCGGAUCAGGCAGAGGAGAUGCAAGCAAAGAAGAAGAAAAGCAACGAAGAAAAAGAGAAAAUAACUGACAAAACAAAAAAGAGGAAGAAGCACAAGAAACAUGGUAAAAAGAAGAAAAAGAAGAUUGCUGGUUCCAAUUCAGAUUCAGAAUAAUAC